AGAAGAAGCUUUUAACCACCAAGACUGUACUAUGGUCAACAUCCUUCCAUAGAAAGAACUUAUAAUGUAGCUGGAGUUUUAACUUAAGGUUUAUACACGAACAACUAAGUGCAGUAGAACAUUAAGAAACACAGCCUUAAAGGUCUGUACAYAAAGAGGAAGCCGGAGAAGACGCUUUGCAUGCAGUAAUUGAACCGUAUGUUGUUCCUUCAACACAAGUUAUGAACAUCUUUAAAUUUCCAGUUCUUCACCAAACCAAGAUACAUAGAAACACUUCGGACACUUUUCUCUAGUCAGUAUAGAUAUAUAAACAAUUAUUCAAGUCGAGGAACUUCAACUUACAUAAAGACAAUUUUGUACAAUUGGAAAAUAUGGCUGCAGAGCCUGUAAGGCAACAGAAGAAAACAGAACCAGCCGACGUGUUCCGCUUUCCAGAGGAACUUAUAGUCCGUGAGACUGUUCCUGGCCAAGAGAUAACAAAAGAGCUUGAAGAAAUAAUGCAAUCUACGGUCAAAUUCGAAGUUAACUUCUUCAAUGACUACGGACACACUGUCUUAGGAACAUCAGCAUUUCUCGGCAGUUUAAGAUGUUGUCAAGUUCUUGUUCAUCUUGGCGCAGAGGUUGGCAAGCAAGAUGUGGAUGGAUGGACGGCGCUGCACUAUGCUUUAGCCAAAGGAUAUCUUGACAUUGCACGAUAUUUGAUUCUAAAUGGGGGGGACUUGUUUACGAUAAAUAAUGACGGGGAUACGGCACUUGACUUCAUUGGAGACAGACAACUUAAGGAGGCACUGAUCUGUUACCAGCAAAAGUGUUUGAGCUCACAUGCCGAAUUGUGAAGCGAAAUUUAAGUGUAUUGUAAACGUAAAACAUCUUCAAAUUUUUACAUUUAGCCUGUGUAUUUCUCUUUUGCAUCCUUUUUUGUUUGUUUGUUUGUUUGUGUUCGGUUUUUAACACAAGUAUUCACACAGUAAAGAUCAAUCAUGUAGACCCUCUGCUUAUACAAACCACUUAAUAUGUACCCUUUAACAGGAUUUUAUUGACAAAU